UAUUCCCCAUAAAGAUCCUAUCGCUGCCAUCUAUGGCAAUUUCACCUCAACAAGGCAGCAUGGCAAGUACUUCAGGACCGUCUUCAACAAUGUAUAGUUUGAAGCCUUUUUAUACAGAUGAUAACAUCGUAUUGCCGGAUGUCAUGUACAAAAUGAAAAGUUUUUAUGGUAGUGAAGAUGUUAAAAAGCCUGAUGGUUCUACAGGAUAUGAUAUAGAUGCACUUGAGAAACGACAGGAGGCAAUUCUUGCCAAACUUUCAGAGCUGCAAAAAGAAGUACAGAAAUUGUCAAACUCAUGCCCACCUACAUUGUCACAGAAAAGAGAAUCUACCUCUGGAGCUGUGAUUGAUGAGAUAAUAGAAGAUGUGGUCAUCACAGCCAACCCUAGCUCUCCACCGCUUUCACUGUUUGUUUUAUAUCAACUUCUACAACAACAGUUAAGAACAGUAGGCAGCAUGCAUGUCCACUCUUCUGUGACCUCUGUACCAGAAAACUUGAAGGUUUUUCAAAAUGGUUUCCAAUCCAAUAGGAGAGACUAUCAACUGGCCAUCACUUUGAUAUGGAAAAAUGUAAACCAUGGCCCAGAACUGAUGGUGAAUCCUCACAAGCAGAGUCCUGUCCAAGGGGAAGGUAACAUGGCUAGAUACCUGGCACGUUUACUUAGCCCAGGCUAUGAUAGUGUGGACCCAAUUACAGCGACAGAAAUUGAUGUAUUUGUUGAUAUAGCAACCAACCAGUUGUUGCAUGGAAACAGCAAGGAAAAGGCAGCAGCUUUAAGAGGAUUAAAUUCAAAGUUAGGAAGUUCUAGUUGGUUGGUUGGAUCAGACUUGAGUUUGGCUGAUAUAGUGGUGUGGUCAGCUUUACAACAGACUGGACAAGCUGGAGGGGCACCUGCUAAUGUACAAAAAUGGAUUAAAGCAUGCAAUAACAAUUUUGCAUUCAAACUGGCAUUGUCAGUAAUGAGCUAACCUGGUCU